GAUGCGCUUCCGUGGAGCGGAGACAAGGCCAAAGGGAUGUUGGAGCAAGCCGUCAAGCAGUCCGUCCUUGCCUACUGGAAAUCGCAGCUCAACCUGAAAAGAAAGGAUCGAGAGGAAGCAGUGAAGACUACGAAGCUGCGGAUCAAGGGUAAGUUGACAGAAUGCGUCCUCAUCUCUUUGUUGCCAGACGGCCAUUACGAUCUGGAUGCGGACGACAUCGUUGGCGCAGCUUUCGACGAGGGGAUCGACUCUGGGGCGAACGUCGUUGACGCUGAGGGCAAGUGCAGGGCUGUGGCGGACCAGAGCGUGGGAAGGGCGACUGCAAAUGCAAUUUCGCACGAUGCAGCAGCAGAGCGCGGCUCCCUCCUGGGCGGCGCCGGCUUGGCACAUGCUGUGGCGGGGCCCAGGUCAAGGACCGCGGAUUCCGAGUCAGAUGGUGAAGAUAUGGGCAAGUCUCUGGACGGCUCGGACGCGUCUGAGGACGAGCGUGACAACUUGAAAUUCGUCACGUCAUGCAUCCUCGAUAUGGAUGACGGGCCAGCGCCUGCGCCGAAGGUCGGCAGCGCCCGCCCGGGCGGCUCCAAUAAGCACGCCAGCAGUGCAAGCGCAGGGCCCUCCAGCACCCACGCGCCCGACGCUAAGUGCAGCAAGAGGGAGACCAAGUCGACUCUACCGCAGCCAGGUCCUGAGCCCGCCGGGAACCCGCCAGCGAAAGGGAAACACGGGCGCCCAGGCAAGUGGCGAAACAAGAGCCCCAGGGAGGUCUUGGAGUCCGAGGGCAUAGCGAAGCCCGAAGCGGCAAUGGCCGCGAUGGAGGAGAAAUACGAGAACGAGGGGACCUUCAAGUCGCUGCGCCCGGCCAAGGAGUCCGAGGGCAUAGCGAAGCCCGAAGCGGCAGCGGCCGCCAUGGAGGAGAAGUGCGAGAACGAGGCAAUCUUCAAGUGGCUGCGCCCGGCCAAAGAUUCGCUGUCCGAGGUCAUGGGCCCGCUCAGGAAGGCGCCCAGGGAAGCCUACGCCGCCUUAGUUAAGCUGGACAGCAAGGUUUGGAGGUUGGUGCCCGUGCCCGAGGAGGCCGCGAACGCCGUUAGCAAGCUUCGGGCGAAGACGCAAGCGAUGGUUGACUUCGCCGACGCUGUCUCGGACACCUCCAAGAAGAACGGCCCCGGCAAGCUGAAGAAGGCGAUGGGCCAAAUGACUGACGCGGGCUUUAACCUUCCCAUCGCGGCGUUCGGGCUGCUCGCGAAGGUGGGGGCGACCGACGCCGCUAACUUCUACAAGGCCUCGGAGCUCGCUGAGAUCUUCGCUCGUCUUUUUGACAGUCUACCCGGGGAGUCCGAUAAUGUUCAAGAGUUCGUCUCGGAUCUCGCGACCACCUCGUUCACGAAGUUCGUGGAGGAC